CGCCUUUUUUCUGUCAAACACUAUUGUUUUAGGUCGAGUAAAUACCUACUGUUGAGAAAAGUAAAUCUGCCGUAGAAACCAAAGUAUAACGAGGGGAGAGCGUGGCUGAAGGAGUCAAGCAGGAGAUCCAUUGUAAGGUGUGUUGUGGCAGGAGCCGUCAUCAUUGCUUCGGAGUGGAGUUGCCGUGGCAGCCCUGAUGGGGCGCAGGAGGAUAGUGGCGAUGGAGAAGCGAUGGGAGAUGGACCGGACCGUGGAUUGGACGGGGACCCAGAGGGAGUGUGGAGUCCAGACAUUGAGCAGAGCUUUCAAGAAGCUCUGGCCAUCUAUCCUCCCUGCGGCAGGAGGAAGAUCAUACUUUCAGAUGAGGGGAAGAUGUACGGUCGGAAUGAGCUGAUAGCACGCUACAUCAAGCUAAGAACAGGGAAGACGCGCACACGGAAACAGGUGUCUAGUCACAUUCAGGUUCUGGCACGUAAGAGGGUACGAGAAUACCAGACAAGCAUCAAGGUCUCUAGUCACCUGCAAGUUUUGGCCAAGAGAAAGUCACGUGACAUUCAGUCUAAGCUCAAGGCCAUGAACUUGGACCAAGUAUCCAAAGACAAGGCUCUGCAGACAGUAGCCAACCUCUCAUCUGCUCAGAUUGUGUCUGCUAGUGUGAUGAAAGCCCAGACUCCGUUUCCUCCACCAGUUAGAUUUUGGCCCGGCCCUUUGCCAGGACAGCCUGGACAUUCUCAGGACAUCAAGCCCUUCGCACAGCCGCCUUUCACUACAAUACCAGCCCCUGUCCCUGCCCCUAUCAGUUACGAGGCCCUGCCUCCCCCACGCCCUGCAGCAAUAGCGGCGCCUGUAUGGCAAGACAGAACCAUUGCCUCUGCAAAACUCCGGCUACUGGAGUUCUCAGCUUUUAUGGAGAGACAGAGAGACCGGGAAACGUAUAAACACCUUUUUGUACACAUCGGCCCAUCGAAUCCAGGCUACAAUGACCCUGUGUUGGAGUCCAUAGAUGUGAGACAGAUUUAUGACAAGUUCUCUGAGAAAAAAGGAGGCCUGAAGGAGCUGUAUGAGAAAGGGCCACACAACGCUUUCUUCCUCGUUAAGUUCUGGGCGGACCUGAGUAGUGACAUUGAGGAAGGUUCUGGCGUGUUCUACGGAGUGAGCAGCCAGUACAGUGGAAGUGAAAACAUCACCAUAAGUGUCUCAACAAAGGUCUGCUCCUUUGGCAAACAGGUGGUAGAGAAGGUUGAGACUGAAUAUGCACAUUUGGAAGGAGGAAAGUAUAUGUUCCGCAUCCAUCGCUCCCCCAUGUGUGAAUAUAUGAUCAACUUCAUCCACAAACUCAAACACCUGCCUGAGAAUUACAUGAUGAACAGUGUACUGGAGAAUUUCACCAUCCUACAGGUGGUGUCUAACAGAGAAACUCAGGAGACUCUACUGUGCAUCGCCUUUGUCUUUGAAGUGUCCACUAGUGAACACGGAGCACAGUACCACGUGUACCGACUAGUUAACGACUAGCAGCACUUGACGUGCAUGCAGAGACUCUCCAAAAACUUCUUUUUUUACAGCAUGAACACUAUUUUAAGCUCAAACACACAGAAUCCUUACGUUUCUACUAUAAACACAUAUUUGUUUUCACAGACCAACAGUCACACUGUAGUCACACCUUAUUGGAAGUGUAUGCCUUUCCAUCACUAUUUUGAACCGCCCCAUGACUUAAACAUUUUAAACCUAUCUACAUAGAUUUUGAUCAUGAAGCAGUAUUAUUGCUGCUGCGCACAGUCUCAGUGUCCACAGGGGCAACAUGUCAGCUGCAACACUGCUGGGGAGCAAGAGCUUCAAGCCUGUUCACUUUACAUUAAAUUUGCCAUUAUUACCUUAAAUAAUCACAGGGUGUGACCUGUUUCAUACAAAUUGUAUUGUAUAUUUGGUUAGGAAAGAAACCUGAAACAGAGGCACUUUUGAGUAUGUUUAUUUCUUGGACAUAUUCUACAGGUUAAGACGUAUAAACAGCACUAACAGGUGUAAUAAUGCUGUUAAUCUGUCUAUUGGACUAACCGCACGUGAUUAUAUUUUUUAAACCUAGAACUGCACACAGCUUGUCGAUAGGUGUUGAUAAAGUUAGGUGAUAUCUCCAAUAGAAGUAUGUUUUAGAAAGGGACUUAAGAAAUUGCUGACUCAGUUGAUUGGAUUUUCUUUGACAGAUUGUCUUAAGAGUCUUAAAGACUCGGACAACAAAUGCUUGGUCUGCUGUAGUUUUCAGUCUGACACUUUGAACAGACAAAGACCUCUACCAGAGGAUCUCAAUUUAAUGUUGAAGUCCGUAAUGGUACUCCAGAUGUGUGGCGUAGCAACAGUGUGUGAUGGAGCUCAAAUUAAGUUCACUGACACAAGUCUAAAGUAGUAACCAGCAAAAUGGCUAAAUUUAAUGUACUCAAGUGAAUCUGUCUACUUCCAUCUUUUAUAAUGGAAAUGCAGCUGUUUACAAAAAAACAAGAAAAGUUAUGUUUUUACAAGCAUAUGCAUUUAAGUCAUAGGUGUGACUAAUGUGAGACGAGUUUGAAGAUAGGUUGGCAAACAAAUCAAUCAGUGUUAAUGUAACUCUCUCUUUUACACUUUGUAGCAUCUCUGUUAGCUAUGAAUUGAAUGAGCCAAUAAUGGCGUAUCCUCUUUCACUGCUUACUGUGCUAUCACGAUGUCCAGCUGCUCUAAUCUCAGCUCCUUGUGAUCACAUGACAGAACAUACGAGUGUGCCUCUAUUAGGGAAUGUAAUGCACUACAUGUAAAGACGUUAAAGCCGUAUUUAUGUUUAAUACACUACGUCAGAGUGUUAAAAAAAAAAAAAAAAGAUCCAUUAUUUGGGUGCAGUUGCUGUUUUUAAAGGGUUUCAGUGGUACAGAGCGUGGAGGGAAAGAUCCAAAUCUCAAGGAGGUGUUUAUUAAUUCGGCUCACUUGUAUUUAGAAACAAAAAUGGUCCACAACCUGAUUCAGUUUACACUUGGGUCUCAGCAGCAUAUUGAAUGAAAGAAUGAUCUUUACUGUUCAUCAACACAAUACUGUUAUUACUGUGUGGGCUUGCUGCAGUAUUUCUACCUCCACGUGAGCUGGGAUAAGAAUGUGCUUUGGCUCAUAAAGCCUUAACCUUUGGAGCACUGAUGUAUAGGAUGUGUACACUACACUUGUGAUGGUACUGUUUAUAAGCCAAAACAAGUUAAAUGGAUUCAUUUUUUUUGUAAAGAUUGACAAUUAUUUUGUAUUUUCACCACAGCUAGAAGUGUUACUCUAAAUGUCACACAUGAUAGUGUUUCUGUUUUUAUCAUUUUAGUAUGCUAAAUAAUGUAUGGUACGGAUUACACUACGGUCGCCCACAGUGCACUGGGGGACAUUUUCGCCUGAUAACACUAGCAAAUUAUCCAGCUUACUCUUUUUUUUUCUCUCUAUUGUUCUUUGUAAUGAUUGUGCAUACUGAUACACAUGUCUGCCAGUGUGUCGUUUUUUUAUAGAAAUUUUUAUUCGACUAUUACACCUUCUUCUGGCAGGAUUAUGUUAAACCACGUAGAAGGUGACAAUGAUUGAUGUAAACCAAGCACCAGCUGGUAGAAUUUAAAUAAUAUUCACUGUGUGGUCUGACAAGAUUUGUAUUCUUUUUUUUUUGUCUUUGUAUCCUGGAUGGCGGUGUCUCAUCACUCCUUUGGUCAAGUAUACUCAGUGGAUUAAAUCUGUGCCUUUAUGCUGUACCAAUAAAAUCACAUGGUGUUUGCAGAAA